GUGGCCGCCUCAGCUGCGGCCGCCGGGAGGGAGGCGGCGGAAGAUGGCGGCGGCCGCGGCGGCGGCGCUGCGGGCCUGGUUCUGGAACGAGCGGUUCUGGUUGCCGCACAACGUGACGUGGGCGGACCUGGCCGGGGAGCCGGGCAGCGGGCUGCAGUACCCGCGGGCGGGCCACGUCCUCUCCGCCUUCCCGCUGGCGCUCGGCAUCUUCGCUGUGCGGCUGCUCUUCGAGAGGUUUAUUGCCAAGCCAUGUGCCAUAAACCUUGGCAUUCAAGACAGUGGACCUCACAGAGCCCAGCCCAAUGCAAUUUUAGAGAAAGUGUUUACAUCCAUCACUAAGUCUCCAGAUGGAAGGAGGUUAGAAGGCCUGUCAAAGCAGCUGGACUGGGAUGUUCGGAAGAUCCAGCGCUGGUUUCGUCACCGGAGGAACCAGGACAAGCCCACCACCCUCACUAAAUUUUUAACUUUCUUCAUAUUAAUUCUUCCCCCAGUAUGGUUUUGUCUACUUAAAGCCACAAGGUGGAGAUUUACAUUUUAUUUAUGUAUAUUUUUUUAUGGAAUCAGAUUUCUCUGGACGGCACCCUGGUUUUGGGACACACGACAGUGCUGGUACAACUACCCUUUUCAGCCUCUAACAUCCAGGCUUUAUUAUUACUAUAUCUUGGAGCUGGCCUUCUAUUGGUCUCUCAUGUUUUCUCAGUUUACAGACAUUAAACGGAAGGACUUCCUGAUCAUGUUUGUCCAUCAUUUGGCCACAAUUGGACUUAUUACAUUCUCUUAUAUGAAUAAUAUGGUGCGGGUUGGAACUCUGGUGCUGUGUCUCCAUGAUGCAUCAGAUUUCCUUUUAGAGGCUGCAAAGCUAGCCAAUUAUGCCAAGUACCAACGUCUGUGUGAUGCUUUCUUCAUGCUCUUUGGUGUCGUAUUCAUUGUUACACGGUUGGGCAUUUAUCCUUUCUGGAUUUUGAAUACAACCCUAUUUGAAAGCUGGGAGUUGAUUGGUCCAUACCCUUCGUGGUGGCUCUUCAAUGGGCUCUUGGUGACUUUGCAGAUCCUGCAUAUCAUCUGGUCUUAUCUCAUCAUUCGCACUGCCUACAAGGCCCUCAUGCGGGGAAAGGUAUCCAAAGAUGACCGCAGUGAUGUGGAGAGCAGCUCUGAAGAGGAGGAGGUGACUUCCAACAGCACAAAAGGAGUUUUCAGCACUUCAAGUAAUGGCUCCAACUGCAUUAAUGGUCAUGUGGCUGGUGGGCAGUGGACAGAAGAUGAGUAAGGCUGUGGCUUGGCCUAGAGCAAACAUGAACUUGUCUUUAAAUAUCUAGGUGUGUUGAGCUCCACAUUCCCAAGUGAUCUUUAAUCAAGAUACCCCUUCCCCAGAAACCUCCAGCAAAUCUGAAAUGGGCACAAUCCAGACCAGUCAGAGGCUUUGCACAGCCAAAGGGAUAAAGCCAAUGACUUAGGGCAAAAACGAAGCUGCAGAUUUCACUUCAAGCCAUUUUGUACUUAAAUCUUAGACCCAUCGAUAUCUGCAGAGGUGUCUUUGUGACAAACUGGUUUUUACUAGGAUCAACUCAAGGUGGAAGGAGUUUGGACUCAGCUGGCUGCUGACCACAGGAGGGGUCUGCUGCCAUUCCAGUGAUGGUUUGCUCCAGCACAGGCUCUGCAUUAUCUCCCCGAUGCACUCCAGAAGCCGCUUCAGAGCAUGGAGAACGUGGGGUCCUGUGGUUCCAUGUCCAAGCUACCCCGGCUGUGGCUUGGGUACAUUCAUUCUCAGCCCUGCUGUGAGCACUCUGUACUCCAGCCCAGCUUUGAACUGGACCAGGCUACACCAGAAACGUUCUAACUUGCCAUCAGGGUGCUCUAUGUGAAGGUUGUCACUUAGCUCCCUGCUGUCGUGAGGGACCAGGCCAGCAUUUGCUGCCUACUUCGGUGCUGCAAGCCCCUCUGUGAAGUCUUGACUACAGCCUUCUGAGAUGGGGAGGGGGGUUGUUCAUUGCCUCUGAGACAACUAUCACAACACAUGCCUUUUAAAUUCAUGUCUUUUCUGUUGCAACUGGUGGUUUUGAAGACUUCCCUAGACCUGCUGGACACGGUUGGCUGAGCUGGGACUUGAGGCUGGACCAGUACUGGUGGGCUGUAUUUCCCCAAAAUAAGAUGGUUUGGACCUGCUUGACUGUACUCUUGAGACAGGAGGCAAUGUUGCUGCUCUGGUUUUGCAACUGUUAUGGAGGAAUCCCUGGGCUGGAGAGGCAGCCCCACCACAGGCUUUGCUUUUUUGGUCUCUUUAUUUUUUACUUAAUGGUACUUGGGGGCAAUGGAGGACCUGUGUCAAUCAUGAGCAGAAGUUUGGAAACUUCUUGAGUUGUUACCAUUUUAUACCAUUGUUUACUCUUAUCUCCAAUUAAAAGAUGCUUCAGAAA